AUGUCUAUCGGUACGGUAAUGGUAACGGGUAUUGUCUCGCGCAAGGGAGACAACGGAUGGCGCAAUGUAGAAGGCAUGGUCACGGCUCUGCGACGCCCUGAAUACACUCUGUGCAAGGUUAACUUCGCUAAGAGCACCUUCGCCGACCAAGUGGCUCCUCCUUCGUUCAGCAAACGUGACCAGGAUGAGUCGAUGGGCGGGAAUUAUCCAUGGAAGAUUGAAAGUAUGUGCCAUCGACUCGUAAUUUGGGAUUAUAAUAACUAUAUACCUUCUUUUCCGGGUAUUGAGCUGCUUGUUGAGGAGGACGGGUUCCCUCUGUGGGACGAAGUGGACUGGGAGGACAUCAAGUUUGAGCAUGCAGCAGAGUCAAAUUAA